AUGAGAGAAAGUCUCAGGGAGAAAGACCUGCUGAAGGAUUACCUGGAGGAGCACCCUUACAGCCAGGCCUACAGGUUUAUCCAGAAAAAACCGGGAAUAACUUACGAAUCCAUGAGGAACUUCCUGGACCCUGGCCCCGGCAGCUGUAUUACAUCGGCACCGUCAGUAUUGGAACGCCCCCUCAGGAGUUCAAGGUCAUCUUCGACACGGGCUCCGCUGACCUGUGGGUGCCCUCCAUCUACUGCUUCAGCCGUGCCUGUGGUGAGUGCCCCCAGCCCUGUCUCAGCACUGCACCCCACCCCCAGGCUUUGGCGGGCCGGCCCACAAGCACUCUCUGUCCCUGCAGUCAGACACACGGUCUUCAACCCGAAGAAGUCCUCCACCUUCCAGGGCACGAACCGGUCCUUCUCACUCCACUACGGCUCUGGGAGCAUGACGGGAUUUCUCGGCUAUGACACCAUUAAGAUCGGGACCCUGGUGGACCGGUCCCAGGCGUUUGGCCUGAGCAAGACAGAGGUCAGCAAGAUCUUGGAAUAUGGGGCUUUCGAUGGCAUCCUGGGCCUGAGCUACCCCAGCAUGGCGCUCACGGGUACCACUCCCGUCUUUGACAACUUGUGGACACAAGGAGUCCUUUCUCAGAACCUUUUUGCCUUCUAUUUGAGCAGCAACGAGAAGAAGGGCAGCAUGGUGAUGUUCGGCGGGGUGGACAGCUCCUACUACAAGGGAGAGCUCAAGUGGGUGCCCGUGAGCAAGCAGGGCUUCUGGCAGAUCACCAUGGACAGCAUCUCCAUGAAGGGGAAGGUCAUUGCAUGUGAAGGCGGCUGCGAGGCCAUUGCCGACACUGGGACCUCAUUGCUGACUGGCCCAGAUUACGACAUCUUCGACAUCCUGAAGACCAUCAACGCCCGGAUGACCAACACUGGAGAGUACGUGGUCAGCUGUAAUGCCAUCAACACCCUGCCUGACAUUGUCUUCACCAUCAACGGCUUCAAGUACCCGGUGCCGGCCAGGGCCUACAUCCGGAAGGGUCUCUUUAACACCUGUUACAGCAACUUUGAUGAAACCUUAAGCCACUCUACUCUCUGGAUCCUGGGGGACGUCUUCCUGAGGCUGUACUUCACCGUUUUCGAUCGGGCAAACAACAGGAUUGGCUUGGCCCCUGCGGUGGCAUGA